CCCCCCCCCCCCCCCCCCCCCCCCAAAAAAAAAAUGUUCCAACCAAUGCCCACUCCCAAGUUCAGAGCCACCAUGCUCUCCACCCUCACUCUGCUCCUCCUCUUCCUCUGCUCCUCGGACGCCUCCCCGAGCCACCGCGGGCCGCAGGAUCUCAUCCGCUCGUCCUGCGUCCACGCCCAGUACCCUGAUCUCUGCCUCCACACAUUGGCCUCCUACUCGGGCCCCGCCAACCCCAGAAGCAUAGCCCAGGCUGCUGUCAAAGCCAGCCUCUCCCGUGCACGCUCCGUGUCGGGAUUCCUCCGCACUCAGGCACCCGGCAAGGCCCACCUGUCCAAGCGUGAGCAGGCCGCCCUGAAUGACUGCGUGGAGCAGUUAUCGGACUCCAUAGACGAGCUGAGCAGAACACUCGGGGAGUUGCAGCACUUGAAGGGGAAGACGUUCCGUUGGCAGGUGAGCAACGCGGAGACCUGGGUUAGUGCAGCAUUGACCAAUGAGGAUACGUGUCUUGACGGGUUCGAUGGAGUCGACGGGAAGGUGAAGACCGACGUGCGGCACAAGAUCACCAGAGUGGCCCGACUUACCAGCAAUGCUUUGUACAUGAUCAAUCGCCUUGAUGAGAGCCGUGGCAGGGGUUAGUCCUAAGGAUAAGAACCUAUGUAUGUACGAAUGCGGGGAACUUAUAAGUUGUCUAUAUAUAUAUUUAGAGAGAUAUCAGUGUUAUCUCUUGUGUGAAAGAGACUUAACGUGGAACAUAUCUUAAUCUUAAUUAUUCGAUUGGCCUUGUUUUGUUUA